UCAGCUAAUUAAACUGCCGGCCAGAAUAUAUGUAUAGCGCACACGGCCUCUUCCAAGCCGCAACCUGUCUUCUCUCGCUCCAUUAUCUUCCCCUCCUCGAGGUCGAAUUGUUUAUACAUGUGCUCGCUCUAUCAUCGCCAUCGUCGUCAUCCCUUGUCUGAUCAAGCAAAGAACACAUGCAUAACCCCCCUGUGCGUGGUUCCUGGAGUUCGUCACACCAUUCAUGCGCUAGCUAGCUGAUCGAUCUCAGCGCCGCAGCUAGUUUUGUCGUCCCAUGGCCAUGCAGCUAGCAUCUGCAAUUUCUCCCAGCUUCUAGCUAGUUUGCUAGGGAAGAUAGGUAGCCACCAGCUAAGCCGGCCGUCACUACUGGAAUCAUCCUAGCUCGCUAUAAGUAGUGCAACGCUCCAAGAGCGGGAGAGCAUCCGGCCGAGGUGAGCAGAGCAUCCCGACGACAGUGAGCAGAAGGUAGCAGGCGCCGGCCAGAGAGCUGAGGUGAGCUCGUCCCGUCGCUCAUGGAAGGCGCAGGAGCCGGGUGGCCGGAGCCGGUGGUGCGGGUGCAGUCGCUGUCGGAGAGCGGCGCCGCCACCAUCCCGGAGCGCUACGUCAAGCCGGAGGCGGAGCGCCCGGCGGCGGCGGCGGCCGGGGGAGCGACGGCAGCAGAGGGCAUCCCCGUGGUGGACCUGUCGUCGCCGGGCGACCCGGCGACGGCGCGGGCGGUGUCGGAGGCGUGCCGCGAGUGGGGCUUCUUCCAGGCGGUGAACCACGGCGUGCCCCCGGAGCUCCUCCGGCGCGCGCGGGGCGUGUGGCGCGGCUUCUUCCGGCAGCCGAUGGAGGUGAAGCAGCGGUACGCCAACUCGCCGGCGACGUACGAGGGGUACGGCAGCCGGCUGGGCGUGGAGAAGGGCGCCGUCCUCGACUGGGGCGACUACUACUUCCUCCACGUCCGCCCGCCCCACCUCUUCGACCCUGACAAUUGGCCACACCUCCCCCCGGGCCCGGACCUCAGGGAGACGACGGAGGAGUACAGCCGAGAGGUGGCGGCGCUGUGCGGGCGCCUGAUGACGGCGAUGUCGGUGGGGCUGGGCGCCGGGCCGUCGCGGCUGCAGGAGGCGUUCGGCGGCGCGGAGGGCGCCGGGGUGUGCGUGCGGGUGAACUACUACCCGCGGUGCCCGCAGCCGGAGCUGACGCUGGGCCUGUCCUCGCACUCGGACCCCGGCGGCAUGACCGUUCUCCUCGCCGACGACCGCGUCCGGGGCCUCCAGGUCCGCCGCCGCGGCGCCUGGGUCACCGUCGACCCCGUGCCCGACGCUUUCAUCGUCAACGUCGGCGACCAAAUCCAGGUGCUGACGAACGCGACGUACCGCAGCGUGGAGCACCGGGUGAUGGUGAACGCGGCGGAGGAGCGGCUGUCGGUGGCGCUCUUCUACAACCCCCGGAGCGACCUCCCGCUGGCGCCCCUGCCGGAGCUCGUCUCGCCGGAGCGCCCCUCGCUCUACAGCCCCAUGACCUUCGACGAGUACCGCCUCUUCAUCCGCCGCAAGGGCCCACGCGGCAAGACCCAGGUCGACUCCCUCAAGGCCACCGCCGUCGGCGGCGCAGCUACAUGAUGAUGCAUGCAUCCGUCUGCUGCUGCCCGCCCGAAUAAUAUUACUUUGAUUAUUAGGUUAGCCUAUGUUGAUUACUAGUACUGUGGACAUCAUUCUCAUCAAAUGAAGAGUUAUUAAUUAUUAGUCCUUAGAGCAACUGCAGUAGGGCUACUAAAUGAGCUGUCAUUUCCAUAUUUGCUCGGUGAGUGCAAAAAAUUGAUCUCCAGCAGGCCUUCCAAAUUAGCUGUCAUUUUAGUAGGCCUUCCAAAAUUUUCCCCUCACCCCCCUCCACCCCCAAUUUGGUGGCCCUCUAUUUGGGCUGCCAACUAUGGGCCCUCUAUAGAAGCCCAAUUUACUCGGCCUGCUGUAGUGGAGGCCCAUAUUUAUGUGAGUAAAAUUUAGAAGUGAGCUUCUAAAUAGACAUUUGCUCACUCAAAUUUAGAAGCCCUACUGGAGUUGCUCUUAGUUAUUGAUACGUUUCUUUCAUU